AUGCGGCGCACUUAUAGGUCCAAAAAAGAAAGUGGUGGGCUGGAUCCCAGGGACGUUAUACAAAAUCUGGACGACAAAACAUCGAAGUUUGAAGGAUUCUACAUACAUAACAUUAAACAUACCAAGCGUGAAUUAUCUUCCAUAGGUGCUGAUCAAGUUCCUUUUUCGGGUAGAGUGCAGAAGAAAAAGUUUGUAAAGAGAUUAAAGGAACCAGAAGUCCCUCAACUAUCACCCUCUCAAAAAACGUUUCUUACACCAAAUAAAUCACUACGAGUAAAUAAAGUAGAGGACUUAUUUGACCAGCUACUUAAUUCUUCUGUAAAUUCACCUGGUAGUAAGGAUAAGAAAUGUACUAAUGCAGGACAAAAAGUAUUUCGCUAUAGACAAACUAGUAAGCUAAAGGAAUUUAACUAUUCCACUUCUGAUAGCUCAGGAUCUGACAAGGAAAACAUUAUUAUAGAUCAAAAUAUGUCACCAAAUGAAAGUGAUCUAAAGUCACAUUUUUUAUUAUUAGAUAAGAACUUAAACAAAAUUGUACAAACAGAUGAUUCCAUUGAAAAGGUUAAAAAUAGCCUUCCUAGGUCUAUUAAUUUUGAAAAGGAAUAUAGUCCAAUGGUACCACAAAGAGAGACAUAUCAUAGAAAACAAACUUUAUCAGCAUCACCUAUAUGUAGCACACCAAUACAUAAAAAGUAUAGAGGGCAGUCAAUUUACAAGUAUUCACCAAUUGUUAUUGGGGCUGAAUGUAAAACUGAAUUUAAACCCAUACCCCAGAAUAGCACUAUACAAAAUAUUUCAAAAGAAAGUCAUAAUAGUGUUGAAGCAAAAUUAACGGAAACUAUUGGCUGUGGGGAAUGUAGUGUAAAAGAUGUUGCUCUUUCAUUACAUGGAGUAAAAAAACAAAAAGAAAAUGCUUCUUUAAAUGAAAUCAAAGAUUGUGCAGAUGAAUCAUUACAAGUAUACAAUCAAGAUUCCAGUAUUCAAUGUCAGACACCAGAACAUUCUCAAUUUUUAGGUUUUGCAAAAACUAACAAAAGUAUUGGAGAAUUACUAGACAAUUCUGAAACAUUGAGUAAUGAGAUUCAAACAUUCUCCCUAACAGAGAGUGAGAUAUCAAGUGAGCCUUUUCUAGGUUUUAGCAAAACUAUUAAAAAUUUAAAUAUAGAUAGUAAAAAUUGUGAUUUGGAUUGGAGUCUUGCAGCUGAUUCAAAUUCGUCUUAUGACACAUGUAGUGAUAAUGAGUCUCUUGAAACAUCAGGAAAAUAUAUGCAAGAUUCCAUCAAACCUAAACCAUCUUUAGUAAAAAUUGCAAGGCUAAAGCAAUCUGAUCUCACUAGAUGUAAUAUGAAGAAUUGUAAUGUAGAGAUAAAUAAAAGCUCAUCAAGUAUUAAUUCUUUGGAUCACUAUCAAAGUUUUAAUACAACAUCUUUAUCAAAUAAUAGUGAUAUGUCAAUGGAGAUAAAUAAUGAGUCAUUCAAUAGAAAACCAGUAAGUUUUAUAACUACAAGGAGAGGAAACAACUUACUACCAAAAGACUCUUUUUUAUUUAACUUAGAUGACUGUAAUGGCAGCGGAAAUAUCUCAGAAUCCAAUAUUACAGUUAUACAACAUGAGUCUGAAUCCGAUAUUAAAACAUUAGUAGAACAAAAUGAAUAUUUGUACUACUAUAGAAAGGAUAAUGAAUUGAUGGAUGCUGAUGAUAAAACUCCUAACGUUACUGUGCGUCAUUGUAAUAAAAGUAGAGAUUAUUCUAGAGAAAUGCGUCAGUCUAUUUCUACUUUAAAUAAUAGUUCAAGCAGUGAAGAGGUAGAUGUGGAAAAUAUGCAUUUCACCAGGUCUUCUCUACGGUUUGCACAUGUGCAUAAAGACUUAGCUAUAAACAAAACUAGUCAAAAUGAUAAAAAAGACCAAACACUUAAAUAUAGGGAAGAUAGUAACACUAUAAAUUCUGAUACAGUCUUCAUAGAUGAUUCAACAGAACAAAACGACACCAUAGUUUUCCAAUCUGCAGAUGUCCAUAAACACAUAGAUCCUAUGGCUUCGACAACAGACAUUUCAGAAAUAAUAAAAAAUAAUGAAUCCCUAUCAUAUGAUAAAAAUAGUGCAAAGAAAUUAAGUAAGAACAAAUCCUUGAAGCAAAGUGACCGAUAUAAUACCAGAAUGAGUCAAAAAUUAAAAAAUAUGGAAACCCAACCUGCUAUGUCUAGGCAAAGUGAAAUACUUGAUUGUUUGGAAAUUAGUGAAAUUAGGAAUCCUGUUGUAUUACAACCUGGAAAAAGAUGGGAAAGGUCUCUGAGUAUUUAUAGGAGGAUGACUACUAUGGUUGAUGGCUUAGAUACUUCUUUACUUGAUACUGAAUCCUUAAAACACAAGGGAAGAUGUUACAGACAAAGUGUUAUUACUACUAUGGAGAUGCAGGAAUUAAAUUCUUCACUUCACAAUGAAAGCAUCAAAAGUCACAGAAAUACCUUUGUUUCUAAAGCCAUCGGGCCAACAAAGUCAUUAACCAAGGAUUCUAGUAUAUAUUCUACAACAGUAAUAGAAGAUUUAGAAGAGUCUAAAGCCAAGUGCAUGCAUCUUUCCCUGCAAUACACAGGAUUAUUGACCGAGGAUUGUGAUGAUACGGUCGUUAACUUAUCAAAACUAUCGCUCUGUGACCCUGAGGUCGACAGGGUAUUAGAGAAAUUUCAUGAUACUUCGAAUCGUUCGAGUACAGCGCGUGAUUACGUUUUGCGUCGCUGCAAUCAAACGGAUGCAUUGUUGUUCGAUGAAUGCUACCCUGAUACAUGCCUGAAAAAUUGCCGAAAAAUUGGUGAGGGUGUGUAUGGAGAGGUGUUCCUCUGGCGAGCAGGUGACGGACAGGCGAGAGUGCUUAAAGUGAUCCCUGUUGCUGGGAAUGUGGUGGUCAAUGGCGAGAAACAAAAGGAUUACCAUCAGAUCAUCUCUGAGAUUGUGAUUGCUAUGGAAUUGAGCGCCCUUAGCGCUCCAAUACCACAAAUAGAAAGACACUUUGAUGAAGGAAAAAAUAUAGAAUCUCUAGAUUUCCAAGCUGUAGAGAAUGCAACUGAUGUUUUUAACAAGGUAUUAGCAGUCCGCCUAGUAUAUGGUAGCUAUCCAAGCCGCCUUCUCGACCUAUGGGAUUUGUACGACGAGUGUAAAGGCUCCGAGAACGAUAACCCAGCUAUUCUUCCACCUGAUCAGCACUAUAUAGUGCUAGAAUUGGCCAAUGCUGGCCAAGACUUGGAGAGUUACCAGUUCAACAACGCUGAGCAAGCUUACGCUUUGUUGCAACAGGUUGCAUUCGGCUUGGCGGUAGCGGAGGAGGCAUGCAAAUUCGAACAUCGUGACUUACACUGGGGCAAUGUUUUAAUUGCACCUACUGAUAGAAAGUUCGCGACAUUCGUGGUGCGCGGGCGCGCCUACCGCGUGCGUACGUGCGGUGUGAAGGCUACGAUCAUCGACUACUCGCUGUCGCGUUUGUCGCUCGACGGCCGCGUGCUCUGCUGCGAUUUGUCUGAAGACGAGACGCUCUUUGACGCGCUCGGCGAUUACCAGUUUGAAGUCUAUCGCCGUAUGCGCGACCGAUUGGGAAACGAUUGGCAGAAUUACGAGCCGUAUACAAACAUAUUGUGGCUGCAUUACACUGCGGAUAAAAUGAUAACGGCCCUUCGCUACACCAGGACCAACACCAAAGUACACAAGCACUACAUUUCUAAGCUGAAAGAGAUUAAAAACCAGAUAUUAUACAGCGGUUCCGCCUGGGAUUACGUCACAGACAACGAAAUAUAA